CCUUCAUUUUACCCUAUGGUCUCCUUUAUCUUGUUGUUCUUCUUCUAGCUUACAGUCUGUAUUACGCUCUAUUUUAAUUGCUUCCUUCUUCUAUAAUUCUCGCAGUUUCUUCGUGGGAUUUCUUUUAAACUUCGUAUUUCAGUCAUGUUAGCUUUGCUCUGGAUUGUGGCUCUGCUAUGAUUUGAAAGGAUCUUGCCGUUCUAGCUGACGAUGCCAAGGCAGAAUCUCGCGGCGGAAUUGAUUCCAGGGAAAAUCAGAAAACGAGGCUGUUCCUCAUCCGCUUCUUCCUCAUCUUCAAUUCUUCAAAAUUACAGGUUUAAGCGAGCCAUUCUGGUGGGUAAAAGGGCUGGAUCCUCAACUCCAUUGCCUUCAUGGAGGCUUAUGACCUCACGAUCGAGAUCCCCUGCUUCAGCAUUUUGUUCCACUGAGUCUCCCAAUUACGAGCUUCAUCAGUGCGCCAGUGGCCGGUCCAAGCAAGCUCCGGUGUCAGCGAGGAAGCUGGCGGCGACGCUGUGGGAGAUGAAUGAGUUGCCAUCGACAAGGGUGAAGGAGGGUCUGGCCUUGGAGGAGAGGAAAUCAAGAAAGGAAAUGAAGGGCAGAGAGAAAACGACACGGUCUGUUCAUUCUGGUUCUUUGCCUCCCCAUCUCUCCGAUCCGUCGCAUAGCCCUGUUUCCGAGAGAGCGGAUCGCUCUGGAACAGGCAGUCGCUGUCGAAGAACUCUGUCCAUGUCUCAGAGGCUAAAGCUUGCUGAUCAUGGCGUUGGAGUUCUUGAUUCUGUGAGCAAUGCUAGCUUGAUGGAGAUCGAGACAAGAUCGAGGAUCCAAACUCCGAUUGCAUCGAAUGUCGGUGUUAGGACACGGCUGAAGGAUGUUAGUAAUGCGUUGACAACUUCUAAGGAGCUUCUCAAAAUCAUUAACCGUGUUUGGGGACAUGAAGAUCGUCCUUCCACGAGCAUGUCCUUAAUCUCGGCCUUACACGCUGAGCUAGAGAGGGCUCGAUUGCAGGUCAAUCAGCUUGUCCAAGAGCAAAGAUAUGAGCAGAAUGACAUAAGCUAUCUGAUGAGGUGCUUUGCUGAAGAGAAGGAAGCAUGGAAGAGCAAGGAGCAAGAAGUUGUGGAGGCAGCGAUUGAAUCUGUGGCUGGAGAGCUCGAAGUCGAAAGGAAACUUCGAAGAAGGUUCGAGAGCUUGAACAAGAAGCUUGGACGAGAACUUGCCGAGACAAAGUCAACACUUCUGAAAGUAGUCAAAGAACUCGAGAGUGAAAAGAGAGCAAGGGAAAUUAUGGAGCAAGUAUGUGAUGACUUAGCAAACGAUGUCGGGGACGAAAAGCUAAAAGUCGAGGAAAUGCAGAAAGAAUCUGCUAAACUUUGUGAGAAUGUCAAUAAAGAAAGAGAAAUGAAGCGAAUAGCUGCUGUGCUGCGUGACGAACAAGCUCAUAUAGAUACCGAUCUCGACGACAAAAACGCUGCAGUCGAUAAACUGAGGAAUCAACUCGAAGCGUUCUUGGGUAUCAAAAGAGCUAAAGAAAAGGAGUUCGGAUCGAAGGACUCGAACGAAGUGAAAUUUGCAGCAUAUCGAAACAAAAACGGGGUUCAUUCGUUUCAAAGCGAGGAAAAGGAAGAAGGGGAAGUUGUAGACGGAGUAGAAUGUGAAGAAGAUUUGGCUGAGAGUGAUCUUCACUCAAUAGAAUUAAACAUGGACAACAACAAAAGCUAUGACUGGAUUCAUUCUUCUGGCAUUCCUCUUGAUUCAAGGAGGCCUUCGAUCGACGAUGAACACAAGGCGAGAAAAUCGACAUCUAAGAAGGGUUCGAGAAAAAGCACAUCCUUACAAAGAAGCAUUUCCGAGGGAGAGGAAUGGGGAGGAAACCAAGCUGAAAACCUUCCAAUUUCAGGGGAUCAUCAUCAUCAUCAUCAUCAUGCUUUAGAUUGGGAAAGAAGCUCAGUACUGGAGAAACUAGCUUAUGGAGAUCAAUAUCAAGGAUACAAUUCAUCGAAGAACCUCCGAGACCAAAUCUUAUCCGGGUCAAGGCUCGGUUCAAUGAAAGUCACUGCCAGCCCGACACGGGUGUGGGAACAAGCACGACCCUCUAGAGAACUUACAGAUUCCCUGGUGCAAGGCAAUGGCUUGAAGUCUAGGCUGAUGGAGGUUAGAGGCGAGGGUGGGCUAAGUUCAAGGAAGUACAAAUAAUAACAUAACCAUGGCAACAACGAGAGCUGCUACAAAGUUGCAGCAGCCCGCUGCUCAAAAGCUCUCAAGGCGGCUGCCAAUCCAAUCCAAUCCAAUCCCAGUAGAUAUAUAUAUUGUGAAAUAGAAGACUGCCCAUGUUUUGUAAGAUUUCUGUAGAAAAAGAAACGCUUUGAAUUCUUUUUCGUUCUUAUUUUUGCUUGUUUCCCCAGCCCAUCUGGAACUGGAUCAUGUUGAAGAUGGUGUGUUCUUUGAGUAAUUUUCAACCAUUGAAGAGCUUUUUUGUUGUCA